AUGCGUAGCUUGAGUAGAUUCCUUUUUCGUCGUCCUUAAUUAUUAUUAAAUAGAUGUGCAAUUCCUUUAAAACAGAAAUGUAUUUAUGGAUUCAGUAAUGGUAACUUUUUGAUGAAUAAUAUUUAAUUAGGUUCUAACAAUAAUUCUAAAAUUAAGUUGAAAACAAUACCUCUUUAGAAUUACUCUUGUGAUCCUGAGGAGAUUGACUCUAAGAUAAGCUCAACUGAUUUUUGUCUUUUUAGUUCAGUCCAGCCUAUUUUUCCAAAUAAUCCAAUGAAUUGCCAAAUAAAGAUAGGAAAUCUAAAACGUAUAACAAGGCCACUUCUUUACACUAUUAUUUCACCUGACAAUGGGGAACUCUUUACAAUUGGAAUAGCGUUGAGUAAAUAGGUUGAAAAGAAUUUAAAUUCUGAACUCAAAAUAUUGGAAUAAAGAGAUGCAAAUGGAAAUAUUUUGAUUAAUGAUCCAAUCAAUAAUACAUUUAAUUUGGAUAUAAUUUCAAAGUCUGUAAGUGAUUUAAAACAAUAAGAUAGAAAAAUUACAGAUUCAAAAUAACUAAAAUUGAAAUGACUCCAGAUGGUAUAUUUGCCCAAGGAAUACCUUAUAAGGAUAGACCUCUUACAUAAGCAGAAUAAUAGAUUGAUAUAAAAAAUGAAAUUAAAUAGAUAGCUUCUCUUGUAUCUUAAAUUAGAAAAUUGGUUUAAAUAGAUAGAAUAGAUGCAUUUACAGAAGUUAAACAUUCUCUUCUUGAAUCAAGUGAAAAAUUAACAGUCACUCAAAUAGAUGAGAUUGUUUAUUAAGUUGCUGCUGGACUUUCAAAAUUACAAACAAAUAAUUUGAAAUUAAAUACAACUCAAUUUGUUUAAUAAUUAUUAGAGAGUUAAACAUAUAUUGAAAGAUUAUUUAUUUUAAGAAAACAACUUGAAAAUAUGUCAGGAGUAUUAGAUUUAGUAGAGAAAUAUUUCAAAGAAUCAGAUUCAUCAUUAUUGAAAUUGCAUUAAUAAACAUUAGCCAAAUUAGCAACUGAAUAUAUAAGAUAGAAUUAUUUGAAAGAUACUCCCAAUUCAUAAUCUUAUGGUGGAUCAGUUGGAUCUUAAUCUUAAGUUGGAGAAAAAGUAUUAAAUUCAAAUAAUUUAGUAAAAGCAAUCUGUUUUAGUUAAAAAAUAUUAAGAUAAACUCUCACUAAUACCAGAUGAAUCAUCAAGAGACAAAGUCAAAAGAGAAAUUGAAAGAUUCAGUCUUUUAGAUAAAUAAAGUUCAGAAUUUCAUAAAAUUAAUUCCUAUUUAGAUGAAGUCUUCAGUAUUCCUUUUUCUAAAUUCACUGUAAUAAUUAUAUUUAAUAAAUAUUAUAGCCUGUUUAAUGGGAUAUAUAAUAUGCAAAAGAUAUACUAAACAAAGAAAUUGAAGGAUUGGAAAAAGUAAAGGAAAGAAUAAUUGAAAUGAUUUCAGUUAAUAAAUUAAAGAAUUCAGGUUAAAAUUCCAAAGGAUUUAUACUUCUUUUGAAUGGUCCACCAGGAACUGGUAAAACAUCUAUUGCAAAGAGUAUAGCCAAAGCAUUAAAAAGAACUUCAAGAUUUGUUUCUUGUGCAGGUGUGGCAGAUUCAACAUUCUUUAAAGGACAUAAAAGAACUUAUGUUGAUUCAAUGCCAGGUGUAUUUAUAAGAGAAUUAAUAAAAUCAAAUACUAUGAAUCCUGUAUUUAUUUUAGAUGAAUUGGAUAAAGUUUCAAAACAUCAAGCUGGUGGAGCAGAUCCAUAUUAUACAUUAUUGGAGAUAUUGAAUCCUGAAGAGAAUCAUAACUUUACUGAUCAUUAUAUGGAUAUUAGUGUAGAUUUUUCACAUGUUAUAUUUAUUUUAACAUCAAAUGAUACACUUUAAAUGUUAGAGCCACUUAAAAAUAGAUUAGAAAUAAUUGAUAUUUAAGCAUAUAUUUAAGAAGAAAAAUUAUAGAUUGCUACAAAUUUUCUUGUAAAUAAAAGUAUUGAAAGUAAUGGAAUAAAACAAUAAAUGAUUAAAUAUGAUAAUGAAACUUUGAUUAAAAUAAUUAAAGCAUGGUGUUAUUAAGAGAGUGGAGUUAGAGAAUUAAAAAGAUGUUUAGAAAAGAUUGCUAGAAAACAUGCAACUAAUUUAUUAACUGAUAAUCCUAAUCUAUGUGAUAAAGUAGAUGAAUUAAAUUAAGUUUUAUUUGAUCCUACAAUUUAAACAUUAGAUUUAACCAAAGAUAAAAAUUUAGAACUUAUAUCUUAAUAUUUAGGUCCACCUAUUUUUGAUAUCUAAUUAGAAUAGAGAUCCAUUAAAAAAUUUCCACCUGGUUAAGUUAAUAUUCUAACAGUAGGAGGUAUGAUAGGCAAUGUUUUAAGUGUUGAAAGUUGUUUUGAUGAAAGUGAAAUAGAAAAGAAAGGAUAGAUUAUAGCAUCUGGAAAUAUUAAAUUAGUUUUAUAAGAAUCAUUAAAGUUAGCAAAAAUAAAUGCAUAUAAAUAUCUGAAUGAAGAAUAAAAAUUACAAUUAUCUAAAUCAGCUAUCCAUAUGCAUUUUAAUGAAGGUGCUACUCCUAAAGAUGGACCUUCUGCAGGCACAGCUAUCACAACUGCCUUAAUAAGUUUAGUUACUAAUUUUACUGUUCCUAGUAAUCUAGCUAUGACUGGAGAAAUCUCUUUAAAUGGUCAAGUUUGCAAAAUUGGUAUCUUUUAUUAUUAAUAUAAGGUGGUCUCUAAUAAAAGCUUAUUGCUGCAAAAACACUUGAUAUUAUUGAUAUCAUUUUGCCUUAUGCAAAUUUAGGAGAUGCUUUGAACUUGCCAUCAUAAUUAUUAAAGGGUCUAAAUUUAUAUUUUGUCACUGACUACUAAUAAAUUUAUGAUUUGAUUUUUGAUUAAUAGAUAGGAAACAUUAAUUAUACAUUAAAUACAAUUAAGGAUGGAAUUUAUGAAACAAUUUAAAAUGGAUCAAAGGAGUAAAUAUAAUAAUCAAUUAAUUGUUGA